AUGGAAACAGAUAUAGACCAAAAAGAUCAUCACAUAAAAGAUGGAAGCGUCUUACAUAAAAGAUAUAAAUUAGAUAAGGAGUUGAGCAAAUCGUUUGAACAAAACGAUAGGAAAUAUAAUGAAGAAUUGUGCAAAUUUUCAUUUUUACAUGAAAAUACUAUUAAAGCUAAAAAAUGUAACUUUGAGAACACAAAAGAAUAUUUAUGGAUAAUUAUGAAGGAUGAGGCAAAGAAGAAAUCAGAAAAGAAAUACUAUAAGUGUGUAAGUAGGAACAACAUAAAAUUUAUAUGUGUUGUAAGAAAAUACAUGAAAUUUUUUUUUCAUUUAAAAAAAAGGAGCUACCAAUUCAGUUCAUUAAAUUCGUGCGCAAAUAGUAUCAGUAGUAUAAGCAGCAUGUCUAGCUUUAAUAAUGCAAGCUUAUUGAACAGCAGAAAUAGCUUGAGGAAUAUAAAUAGUAUGAGUGGCAUGAAUAACCUGAAGAGCGUGAACAAUCUGAGCAGUAUGAACAAUCUGAGCAGUAUGAACAAUCUAAGCAGUAUGAAUAAUAUGAGCAGUAUGAAUAAUCUGAGCGGUAUGAACAAUCUGAGUAGUAUGAACAUUCUGAGUAGUAUAAAUAACCUGAACAGUGUAAACAAUCUUAGCAUCAUGAAGAACCAGAGCAGUAUGAACAACUUAAACAGUGUGAACACUCCAAUCAAUAUGAACAAUCUGAGUAGUGUAAAUUUUGCUAGUGACGUAAAAGCCGAUACUAAACUUAUUGAUUGCGUAAAAAAAUCGAAAGAAUAUUAUGGUGAAAAUUACUACAGAUUAAAAUAUUCUGGAGACAGAUCAUUGCAUCGAAAGUUCUUACAGUUCUUUCUAAACAAGACAAGUUGUUUUAUAAAUAUAUUUAAGUCCUUUAAUGAAAAAAAAGAUAAUAUGAAUACAAUAGAAAACAUCUUAUUUAUUAAAAAUGAGAAUUAUGAAGAGGCCUUCUUAAACAUAUUUUACUCUUCGUUUCCUUUUAAAAUGAUGGUAUAUUCCAUAUUAAUGAUUUUAAUAUCAGUGAUAUAUUUUUUUCUUUUAUAUUAUAUAGUGUUAAUAUUUAUGUACGAGAAAAAUGUUGUUAUUUUCUUAAAUGUAUUUAAAUUACUUUCAGAAAUAUUCUAUUUCUUCUUUUUUGUCAUAUAUAUUUCCUUGUUUAGUUCUAAUUGCAUAGAUAGAAUAGCCUAUUAUUCUUAUAUAUCUUAUUAUUUUUUUAUUUCCUUCAUACUUUUACAUAACAUUGUUCUUUUCCAAUUAAUAACGUCUUCUCCAACUAACACUCAUGCUGAAUUAAGGAGAGAAUUACUUGUAAAUAAAUUUUUUUAUCAAAAAUGUGUCAUAAUAUUUAGUAACCUAUAUAUAUGCUUGUUUUGUUUUUUAAGAAAUUAUAUGAUUCUUUACAUUUUUAUAGUGAAUAUAAAAUUUUUAUUUUUUUAUAUUAUUUGUAUAUGUUCCUUUUUCCUUUAUAUCUGUUGUUAUCUAAAAUUCUUAUGUUAUGAUACUUUUUAUGUGUGUCUUUUUUCCCUUUGUACAAUAUCUUUAUCUCUAUAUUAUGAAUAUAGCUAUGAACGAAGAUGGAGAAUUUUAUUUAUAGGCGAACAUGCACAAGAAAAAAAGAAGCCUACUCAUCAUUUAACGAAAUAUUUUUCUAUAGAUAAUACAAUGCCUACUUCACCAAUUGAAGACAUUUUAAGCAACUUGAAAUUAUUAUUAGAUCAUGUUAAAAAGCUUGAAGAAUACACAUGCGAAAAACAAAUGAUACUAAUAACAAAAAUGAGAGAAAAAAUAAAAAAAUGCGAAAAUAUACUAAGAACACAAAAUUUAAAUGAAGUUCAAAUAUAUAAAUAUAGAAAAUUUGAAAGAGUAUAUAAUAUGUGGUGCUUAGAUAAAUUAGACAGUAAUUGCGAUAAAAAUGAAGAAUGUAAAUCCUUCUUAUCUCAACAUAUAAAUAAGAAAUCAUUUAAUUCCUUUUCUAACAUUCAUUCUUUAUUAUCAUCCAAGUUUCAAGAGUAUCACAAUGAUUCCUAUGAUUGGAAUGCAGAUAUACAAAUUGUUUACAAACAAAAUGUGUUUAUAUCAAUUGGCUAUAAACUGUUAUAUCCUCUAGGUAUACUAGAGCCAAAUUUUGACAAAGAGAAAUUAAAAAAGUUUCUUUUUAAAAUUUAUUCCCUCUAUAAUGAUGUCCCUUACCACAACAGUUUGCACGCUGCACAGGUAGCACACUUCAGCAAGAGUAUGCUCUUUCUCCUGGACAUUAAUCACAAAAUUUCUGCAGUGGACGAGUUAUGUUUGCAUGUAGCUUCUCUAUGUCAUGAUGUAGGACACCCAGGUCUUAACAAUUAUUUUUUAAUAAAUUCAGAAAAUAAUUUAGCACUAACUUAUAAUGACAAUAGCGUACUAGAAAAUUAUCACUGUUCACUGGUUUUUAAAAGUUUAAAAGAGAAAAAUUUCAAUAUUUUCGAAAAAUACCCUUAUAAUAUUUUUAUUACUUGCAAAAAAAAUAUCAUAAGAGCAAUUUUAUCAACUGAUAUGAAAAAUCAUUUCGAAUACAUUUCCAACUUUAGAACAUCAAAAGAUUUCAUAGAUUAUGACAACUUAACGAAUGAUCAAAUAUGGCAAAUAUUUUGUCUCAUUUUAAAGGCAGCAGAUAUUGGUCAUUCAACUCUUGAGUGGAACAAACAUUAUGAAUGGACAAUGAAAAUAAAUGAAGAAUUUUAUUUACAGGGAUUACUAGAAACAUCCUUAAAUAUGCCAAAAAGUUUUUUAUGUGAUAUAACUACCAUCGAUAAAUUAGCUACUUCUCAAAUUGGAUUUUUAAAACAUUUAUGUGUUCCCUUAUUUAAUGAGUUAAAUUAUAUUUCAAAAAAUAAAGAUAUUUAUAAUCACUGCAUUUCUUCUAUUGAAAAUAAUAUAGAACAGUGGGAGAAAAAUAAAAAUAACCAACAAAAUCUCGGAUUACAGGAAAAAUACAAAAAUGAGGACUUAAUUGACAGAACAAAGCUACUGAAGUUUGCAUGA